AUGUGCGACGGCGUCCUUCGCCGUGAGGGGGCGCCGUCGGAGGAGAAGGGGGAGAAGAUCCCGCGCGGGAGGACCAGCAGCAGCCUGCGCCCGCGGUGGCCCGGCCCCGCUGCCGGCCGCCCGGGGGCGCCCCGCCCGCCGACGGCGCCGGCUUCGAGGCGAGCCUGGAGGCGGCCAAGGCCAGCGCGAAGGAUCGGACAGAGGGAGAAGAAGCGGCUCAAACGCCUAAAAGAGCUGCGGCGGAAGAACGGCGAGCAGGUCAGCAGCAGCGACGACGAGUGGUACCAGGACCUCCUGCGGAAGGCCAACGCCAGGCCAAAGGCGGCGCCCUGA